AUGAUUGGAAGCAUAAGGGCCACCCAAAGAAACAGACUCACCAACUCCUUGUUCAGUUCGACCUUUGCCAUCUGUUUUGCAUUGGUGGGAGCUAAUUCGCUUCUCCCCUGUCCAGUCGACAAUGUGCACGGUAACGACUCCGUGAUAGAUGAAAGGAUUGCCAGACAGCAGGAGGCUAUGAAGAACCGUGACAACUAG